AAUCUGCAAAAGGUCUAUAGAGAAGUCGAUAUAAUGAAAAGGCUGGACCAUCCUCAUAUAAUUAAACUUUAUCAGCAGAUUGGAGAAAAAAUUAAAGUAUGUACAGUACUAGAAGAAGACGAUGUGGAAAUCGCAUGGAAGAAACUAAAGACAAAUAUAAUAAAAUCUGCGGAAGAGGCACUUGGAAGCAGAUUCAUCAGAAGUGAUAUAAAAACCGAAUACCAAACCCUCGUUUAAUCAAAAAAUGAAACUACUGGCUGAGGAGAAACGAAAGGCAGAUCUAGAAUACAGAUUAAAGUCAAUCACAUACAAUGAAUACAAAAUUGUUAUAAAUAGUACCAAUAACCACAUCCAAACAAUAAAACAGGCUUACUGGGAAAAAUUCUUCAAAGAUAUGGAAUACGACCUGUGGGGAGGUCAAAAAAAAGCUUCGAACCAGGAAAAAACCAAUAAACGAAUACAUACAAACUACCAGGAUAUCUACUAAAGACUGGGAAGAAACACUUUUGUGAGCUAUAUAAGGAGCCUAACGUCAACGCUAAAACCAUCAAAUCACAAUUAAACGAUAGUAGCACACAUCAACGGUCGAACACAUGGAGGGAAAGGAUAAAACAACUAUUUGGAAAACUGCAAAAUAGAAAGUCGCCGGGAAUGGACGAGAUAAGAAAUGAUCAAAUGCGGAGGUGAUAUUUUACUAGACCAGAUACAUGCCUUCUUUAACAAAGUACUGCACAAAAAUAAAAUACAAGCAGAGUGGAAAUAUAGUAUUACCAUACCAAUUUUCAAAAAGGGAUAAAAAACAGACUUAACUAACUACAGAGCUUAGGUACUUAAAAAACUGACUUACGAAGAUCUUUGAGGAAGUAGUAGCAGCUUCUGGAAUAUGCGAAGAACAACAGGGAUUCAGAACGAACAAAUCCACUAUUGGUGUAAUAUUCACCAUCCGGCAAAUAACCGAAAACGCUAUAGAAUUUAAUAAACCAGCUUUUAUGUGCUUUGUUGACCUGGCUAAGGCUUUCGACAGAGUAAGAUUAUCCGACGUCGUGCCGCUUUUGCAGGAGAGAAAUAUUAACCGCAACAUAAUAACAAUUAUUGCGGAACUCAACACAGACAACCACACUUUCAUAAAAGCCGCAGGCAAACUAUCUGAGAAACUAUCCAUAUCAACUGGAAUAAGGCAGGGAGACAGCUUAAGUCCUGCAUUAUGUAACAUCAUAAUGGACGAAAUUAUUACAGAAAUCAAGAAGGUUGGCAGAGGGUAUCGAAUGGGUGAUGAGGAAAUAAAGGUGAUAUGCUAUGCCGACGACGCCGUGCGUCCUCAUCCGAAGAUGAGGACAACUUGCAAAGGCUUCUUUUUAAGUUUGAAGGGAUGGCGUCCGGGUUAAGCAUGCAAAUAUCCACAACCAAGGCACAGUCUCUCACGGUAUCAAGGGAACCGCGCAGAUGCAAGCUUGCCAUCUACAACAAGAGCGUCGAACAGGUUAUGCAGUUCAAAUACCUUGGGGUCAACAUAACAACUAGUAAAGAAAAAGUGAAAGUGCAGACAACAAAAGCAGCAUUGAUAUCGUGAUAUUUGAGAGACAUAAUAUGGCGAAAUAAAUCUAUGUCUGUGGAGCGCAAAGCCAGAAUAUACAAAACCUGUGAUGACGUAUGCAGUCGAAACCAAAGCGGAAAGUGCCCUAACUGAACGGCUUAUAGGAACAACUGAAAUGAGAACUCUAAGAUCUAUGGUGGGAUGUAGCCUACUGGACCAUGUAAGAAGCGACGACAUAAGAACUAAGUGCGAUAUCCAAGACGUCGUGAGACGUUGACGGGAUGGGCAACACCAGACAGAAAAAUUGCCAGAAAGGGAGUACCACGUUCAAAAAGGCCCCCGGGACAACCACCAACCCGCUGGUAUGAAAGCUGGAGUUCAGCGUCACAAGUUCUAAUAUGAUGUUUAACUGUGCUUGUAAAGGUUAUGGAAACUAAGAGUAUGAUAUAUUUAGUGUCUGAGUAUGCAAGUCAGGGUGAAAUUUUUGAUCACAUUGCACGUUAUGGAAGAAUGAAUGAAGAACAAGCUAGAAUUAAGUUCUGGCAAAUAUUGUUAGCUGUUGAAUACUGCCAUAAUCGUAAUAUAGUACAUCGAGACUUAAAGGCUGAAAAUCUUUUACUAGAUUCCAAUAAUAAUAUUAAAAUAGCAGAUUUUGGAUUUUCGAAUUACUUCACAACAGGAGGACAACUCUCGACUUGGUGCGGGUCACCUCCGUACGCCGCCCCUGAAGUGUUUGAAGGCAAGAAAUAUGUUGGACCGGAAAUUGAUAUAUGGAGUCUCGGCGUAGUUCUUUACGUGCUAGUUUGCGGUGCACUGCCAUUCGAUGGAUGUUCGCUGCAAGCACUUCGGGACCGAGUUUUAUCGGGCCGUUUCCGAAUUCCGUAUUUUAUGAGCCAAGACUGUGAAUCACUAAUAAGGAAAAUGCUGGUCUUAGAACCAACUAAGCGAUUCAGCAUACAACAAGUUAAGAAGCAUAGGUGGAUCCAACUAGUUUCGUUACCUACGUUUUUACCAAUCAUUCCUACAUCGAACACGCACCCUAACGAACAAAUUCUUAGACUGAUGCAAAGCUUAGGGAUUGACAGCCUAAAAACCCGAGAGUCUAUUCGACUUGGAUGUUAUGAUCAUCAUGCGGCAAUAUAUUACCUGCUUUUGGAUAAGCUACGGAGUCAGUUGGUGGGGGGAGAAACCCAAACAGUAGUUCGGGAAGUUCAAAGAAGACGACCUUCAAAUGUAGCCGAACAAGCAAUGAGGAAAAUUGGGAGGGCAAACACCACAGAAGACUGCAGGCGACUACUACAGCAUGCUACAAUCGCUCCAACUGCUAGUAAUAGCAAAAUAAGCAUGGGCUCAGUUACUUCUUCUAGUAAGCCAAUCAACUCUUCACCUGUUCACGGAAUCGAUGCUGCCAAACUUCUAGCGGCCACAAACCGCGAAGACGCCUUAAAAGUUCUAAACCAAGCAUCUUCGUCCAAUACGUUCAAUAUGUGUUCUGAAGCCACCAGAUUAAUGUCUACUUUGCAAAUGUCUGCGGUUCCAUCAAUUCCUGCAGAUUCGUCUCACUUCAAAGAGCAUGCGAAAGGGAAUAUUCACACUUGUCCGACAGGACUGCAUUUGAAUCCAUUUGAGCAUGCUGACCUCAAGCGGAGUUUGGAUCGCUUUAGUGCAAGCGGAUUCAAAAGCAGCGAAUUUCAGAUGCAAUAUUCCAGUUCGACCGAUGAAGGUGUGGAAACAGACCUCGAGGAGCAACUAUCGCAAAAUCAUGGCGGUCCUAGACUAAGUUAUGCAUCUUCGAGCUCUUCCAGCGGUGUAGUAAACACAUUUAAUACAUCCAAAAGUCUUAGCCAGAACCUUAGUUGUGAUAGCAAUUUUGAAAGCUUGGAGUAUCCCCUUUCUGAGUCCAGCGAAUUAGCCAGUAGUUUGCCAAGUUGUACCUCUACCGACAAAAAGCCGGAGCCCGCAAUGAUUAGCUCAAACGCUCUGUGUAGUACCAAAUAUGCAAUUGUUCCUAGAUCAGUUCUACAUAAGCACAAUCCUCUAGUUCAUAUGUGUAGCUUUAAAACGUCGCGCAAUAUAACUAGAUCGCCUAUAGAUUUCCGAGAAGGUAGACGAGCCAGCGACGGUUUGGUGGCUCAACAGCCAUGUGAUCAGUAUGGUAGCACAUUAGCCUUUAAUUCUCAAAAGCUGAAUGAAGCUUGCAAGACUAAGGGAAUUCUGGAUAUGGGAUUAGUGCAAAGAGAAGCCCUCAGGUUGCAAAGCCAAUAUCAAGCCCGGGAUCCUCCGGAAGAAAUGUCACACCGACAGAAACAGCAUAGUCAGUACAUGCAGCCACGUAGCACCAAAAAAAUUAGUUUACCCGACAACUUUAGUUACUCCAGCACCUGUAUGGAACCCAUUCAGCUACAAACGGCCAUGCAGCACAGAAUGUUGCAACAGAAACGGCAAAUUCUGCAGAAACAAUGCGCCAUGGCAUCUCAGCCAGCCAGUAGCAUCUUAGAUACCACUCACUUAUCCAGGCGGCACAUGCUCAGACAGGCCAGUUACAAAAUAGCUCAACAGCAACCUGUAUUGCCCCCAUUACCCCCAUUGCCUUUAUCGGAAACUGAGAGUAAAGAUUUGAUCGCCUUUCAGUCUUUAGUUGAAGGCUCCACGGAGUGUGCCAGAAGUUCGCUGUCAACCACCAUGCAAAGCUCUUGCCAGAUCAACGAACAUAACAUGGCUUCCAAGUCGAUAGCUUGGCAAAAGACAGCACCCAGUUGGCAUCAGGGGCCUUCAAGUUUGCCAACGCCGACAAAUACGCAAGGGAGCGUUUGGCCGCCGUUGCUGCCACUACGAGAAAUUCCCAUUUUAGAAUUAACAGAACAGAUGGAGUCCAUGUAACACAGUCACCGGUUGUAUAAUUUAUCUGUAGCUUAUUAGGUUUAUCCGGGUACGUUUCGUUCAAUUGAAUCGAGCAGAUUUCCAGUUCUUACUUGAUACAAGUUGCUUCAAUUGGUCAAUAUCAGGUAUAUUUAUAUUAAUGAAUCAAACUUUAGAAGGCUUCAACUGCGCUAAAAGGUGCUCCAAUAAGAAAAGCAAGUUUGAUUUUCAAGUAAAACGUAUAAAUUUGUGGCAUAAGUUUGAAACAUUUAUUGAUUUAUGACCCAAUAUUAAUACUUUUAUGAGUAAUGUGAAUGAAAAUCUGAAUAAAGAAUAAAUAGAUCAGAUUUGCCCUCUUAAUAAAAUUUUCAAGAACUGUUGUUUGCAUUAACUGGCGACUUUAACUAAACUGUCGACUGCAUAAAGGGAAAGCCAUUUGGAUCAUUUUGAAUACAAACAGCAUUGAUCAUUUUAUAUCACAAAUAUCUAAACGGUGACAAUGAGUAUUUUUAUUUUAGGCUCAUAGGCGUCCAGAAGGAUGCGGCGUUUGUAAUUCAUUCUAAGAGUAUCAAGUAACAUGCUUGGUUAGUUAGUCUGAAAUUUGUUUUUUAGCCUACGAUUUAUUUUUUCAAGUUGAUAAUUUAGUAUAUUUUGCGAAAAAAAACAUAAUUUUGACGAGCAUAUGGUAACAUUUUUCGUAUCUACUUUCAAAUAUAGACAAACCCUUCUAAUAAAUAUUAUUGUAUUCAUAAUUUUUAUUUAUACGAAGUCAAAAAUUAACAAGCAAUACAGUUGUUACAAGCACUACAUUCAUUGCGAUGUUUAUUAUCAAGGAAACAUGAUUUUCGUUUCUUGAAUAAGGCGCAGCAGUCUUGUCGAGCUUCCGUCCAGAAGCUUAUUCUUCUUAUUUUUCCUCUUUUGGUGCCUUAUCCUCUGCGAACGUUGGCGAUUAACAUGGACAUUGCCGGCAUGGUGGACGAGUGAUCAGACCGACAGGCUAGCAACCUGAAGGUCCGUGGUCCGAAGUUCGAAUUCCUAGCCGUGGAUAUACAGAUCAAGAAAAAUAUGAGCGAGCUGGCAAAUUGCACUGAAGCAGCAGAGCCAAAAAUGGACAUUCGUAUUCUAUCAGAUUCCUGGCUAAAUAAUUGUAAAUAAUCAUCCCAAACCACUGGACCACAAACCACAUUUAUUGUUCCUCAUAGUAUGUCCGAAGUACUCGAUUCUUCUUCUGUUCACUGUGGAUGCUACGUGUUUCGUUUCCUCCAUUCUUCUAAGUACCUUUUCGCUAGUUAUAUGCUCGAUCCAUGAGAUGCGCAGAAUUCUCCGGUAUAUCCACAUUUCGAGCGCUUCGAGCUUGGCCAUGGUCCACGCCUCAGUGCCGUACAAAAAGCUAGAAGGAUGUAACAUCUGACCAUAUUUAUUUUCAGUUGUAGGCUUAGAUUUUUGCUGACGAAAAGUGUUUAACUUUUAUUAAAUACAGAUCUCGCCUUCUCGAUUCUGCGUCUAAUUUCUACGGACUAAUUCCAGUUUGCAUUAGCCAUUGAUCCCAAGUAAGUGUUUCUCUCGACUCGUUCAAUAAUUUCUAGAUUUCAAGUCAAAACCAUAGGAGGCUGGGCGUUUCUGCUGAUAGGCAUAUGUUUUGUAUUAAAGCUAUAUAGUAUCGUUGUAUUAAUAAGUUCAAGAACAGUUUGAAAUUCCGCUGGGCGACUUGCGAGGAUAACAAUAUCAUCUGCGUAUCUGAUGCUGUUUAUGUGGUCGCCGUUCAUUUUAAUCCCUUCGGGAGUCUUCCCCUGCCUGCCGAAAUAUAUUUUCAUAUUGGAUAUUAAAUAAGGUCGGCGACAGGACGCACCCCCUGACCUACGCUUCUUUUAAUCGUCACCUCUUCUGUUUUGUUUCCGGCAAUGUUCACGUAGGCUGAUUGGGUCCAAAUAAAUUCGUUAUAAUUCGUAUAUCUUUGCAGUCAAUGCGCUACUUCCCUCAUUUUUCUACUAACCUUGUGUGUUAUAUUGUGUCAAAAGCUGUUGACAAAUAUAUAAAACAUGCGUACACAUCGCGGUUCAUGUCGCUACUAAGUUGCCCUAGAACCUGUAAUGAAAAGAUUGUCUCUCCAGUUGACAAGGUACUUCUAAAGCCAAAUUGAGUCUAUAAGUCAAAUUUUCUAUACAUUCUGCUGUGAAUGAUCUUGGUGCUCAACUUGACGAUGUCGUUAAUGAGACUAAUGAGUCUGUAUUGAUCGAAAGCAUUUACUCGAGACUUUUAAGGGAAGGCAAUAAAAGAAGACACUAACCAGUCAGGAGGUAAUUUUCCUGAAUUAUCAUAGAUGAAAUUGAGGAUUCCUUCCAGAGAUUUGAUGAAAUCCGUAUUACUGUCGCGUAACAUUUUUAUCCCUGUUAUUCAUUUGUGUACCAGUUUUAUCAUGGAGGGCUAGUAUUUCUUUUUUGCCACUUGAGGUGUUCUUUCUGAGUAACUUCAUGCUUCUAUUUUCUUCAUAUCCAAGAUAUAUUUUUCACACCUUCUUUCUAUAGGUUGUUUAAUACUAUCCCCGUUGAACUUUCUUAAAUCCUUUCUUGCUUCCUUAAAUAUAGAUUUAUUCAAGCUUCUCAGAUGCUCUCGGGUUAACCUCAUGAGGUCUUUGGUACGUUGUCCAAGCUUGUUAUAAUUUUUGCCUGUUUUCGUACCAAAUUAAUUCCCUGUACUAUUGACUGCAUCUAGUAUGGGUAGUCUCUUACGUUAAUCAGGAUCUUGUCAAAAUUAACCGAUACUAUUCUUGAAAAUUUUUCUGUGUCUUUAGUUGUGGUGCAUCUCUUGGAAUUUUUCUCUGUCGCCAUUUUAUGUUCUUCCUUGUAUCAAGUACUCCAGGAUAAAAUAAUCCGAGCGAGGUAACGUCAGCUC